AUGAACUCUCCAGACUAUCGAUUCACCAGUGGUCUUACGAACUUUCCUGUGGCUUACGGCUCCCGCCGCUACUUGUUAAGAGGCUUCUGCCUGCUCUGUUUGUUAACUCUAUGCACUGCAUCCCCGAAAAGUGCUGCGGCAGUGCAUGAGACAACCCCGCUCUGCGAUGUUGCCCCCGUAACUACUGCUACGGCGGCUGCCCUACCGCCAAGUCUUCCGACAGAGGGCAACGAGGUUAAGUGGAAGCACUCGAGCAGUUCUACCAGUAUAGAUAACGAGGACGGCUGCACGACUAGCAUCACGAGGGGCACCCCACCAGCUUUGAAUUGCAGGGAUUCAUUGGCCAUGUCGAAUAGUCUGGUGAGCCCUAGGCGUUCUUCGGCACUCCCCGUCUUUUUAAAAGUUAGUGCAUUGGUAGCAGCAGUGAUUGGGACCGCAGCAGUUGUGUUUUUAGUGCUUCGCUGCUCACAAGAGAGACGGCUACAUUUGUCUCAAGGACAUAACCCACGUGCCAUUUCUGACCCUGGCUUCGACGAGGGUGAAGGACCCAGCACACGGAUCACAGCUUGUGUUAAUUUGAGAGACGAGCAGGAAGCAAAAAAUACAGAAAAUCAGGGGGAAGUGCUAUCUGAACAUCAAGUUAGGCGGAGAGCAAGGUCACUAUUUCGAGAAGCCCUUGAACUAUGUGAUGCUGGCUCAAGGCUCCUUCCUUUACUUGGCGGGGGAGACUAUCUAAGAGGUAUUUCUCUGAUUGUGGGCCUUACUGCUGUAGAACUGGCUUCUGUUGGUUACGUUCUUCCCGAAGUUUUGGAUGGCGGUUGGAGCGCAACAGUGGAUGCAAUUGCGCGUGAGUCACGACUCGCAAUAUCUGGGGUGUCUCGCACUGGCACACAUGGCAACACCGUAAGGAAGAUUCGCCGAUUAGGGAAGUUCUUGGCUAGUAUUCGCCGACGCCGGCCAAAGAUUGACGUUAGACAAAAAGUUCGAAGUGAUUUGUUGUUUACUUCCAUUACCAUCGCAAGAGAAGCAAUAAGUCAGUCUAAACAGGCAGUUGAUGUGCUGAUCCCAUGGUCAAUGCAAAAUUUGAGUGCGCAAGCAUUAGGCAACGACAAAGGCAGGACUAGGCCAGCUAGCGCCGACCGCGGCGACAUUGUACCCCGUAAAGUGAGUGAAGCCCUUCUGAGAUUCCUGGGGCGACUCAGAAGAGCAAGAGUAACUACUAUAAGGGAUCAUCCCGCCUUUGGACGUCUUAUUAACCGCUUUGGGAGGCGCUUGUUUUACCCGGCCCUUUCUCAGGACGAGCGUCUUGCCCUUGCCCAGUCAACCUCUGUUACUGUGCCUUUGUCAGUUCAACUGCAGGACCUUUACGACAUUUCUGGGGACAGCCGCCAAACAUUAGCUCAGAAGCAGGAAGACGCGCUAGCUGGACGGGGAAGUACAAGUCCUUCAGAUUCCGAUGGUUCUACCGCUGACUCUCACGAGAGGACUUCACAAAGCCAGCAUCCCUAUGGAGCUGAAGACGCAGCCGAAGAAAGAGAGAUCCAUGAAGCAUGGCCAAGCGAAACUUCCGAACCGCAAUCAAUGCAUACUGACUUGUUUUCUCAGGAAGGGACCCCAACUUCGUUUCCAAGCACUGUUUCAUCUCUCGAGAGUUUGGCGCCCCCUCAGUCGAGCAGCACUGAUGCUGGAUCUGCCUUUUCACUUGAGAAUGCGCAUAACCCUGAACUUUACGCGGGACAGCAAUUCUUGGAUCAAAUAUACACUGCCGUGCAUCAGCUCUUAUUGCUUUCAUCAGGUGCAUACGCAGGGUCUGCACCGGCGCUUCGUUCAGGAAGCUUCAUGGCUGACGCGCCUCCCGAAACCAUGAUGCCUCGAAGACCACAUGGGAGUGCUCUAGGAUCUCAUGCUAGGGCCACUGAGAGGAGCCUCUCGCUUUCGUAUACAGACAGCCCCCGCGCCAGUGCAAAAACUGCGAAUCCCAGCGUAGCAAGAGGACAAGAAAGUUAUGGAAGUGCGCAUGGAAAAUAUCUUUCUGGAGGGACCACACAGACCCUUCAGAUAUACAUGCAGAAGCGAGUAGAAAUGCCUCUUGGAGACCCCAGGGAGGUGACCAUACAGGAGCUGAGCCUACACAACGUUCUAAAGGAGCACAUGGAGAGUCCGCUACAGGAGCUCACUCGAAGGCUUUUAUAUGGGUCCGCAGAGCACCUUCGGAUACAUAUGAAGAAGCAAGUAGAAGACCAUCUAGAGAUGCCUCUUGGAGACCUCGGAGAGGUGACCAUACAGAAGCUGAGCCUACAGAAUAUUUUGAAGGAGCGCCUCGAGAGUCCGCUACAGGAGCUCACUCGAGGCCCUUCAGAUGGGUCCGCAGCGAACCCUCAGACACAUAUGGAGAAGGAAGUAGAAGAGCAUCUAGAUAUUCCUCUUGGAGAUAUUGGGGAGGCGACCGUAGAGGAACUGAGCCUACAGAAUAUUCUGAUGGAGCACAUGGAGAGUCCGCUACACGAGCCCACUCAAGGCCUUUUAGAUGGGUCCACAGCGAACCUUCAGAUACAUAUGAAGAAGCGAGUAGAAGAGAAUCUAGAGAUGUCUCCUGGAGACCUCGGACAGAUGGCCGUAGAGGAACUGAGCCUACAGAAUAUUCUGAAGCAGCGCAUGGAGAGUCCGCUACACGAGCCCACUCGAGGCCGUUGA